CAAUAGCCUACAUCUGUGCAUUCUUAACAACUAAACAGAGGUUUAUGGGGAUAGUCUUAUAGGAACAGGACAUAAGACCGAUAGGUUCUGUUAUAUACGCUCUGUUACGAGAUAACGAAAGGUUUUUGUGUUCUAGCCAGGGUUCGAGAUUGUACCCGGGUAAUACUAUAUAUCGGGUUUCCUAUCAAGUCAGCAAACCAAAUUAUAAACCGAUUCGAUAAGCUACAUGAGAUAGUUCGCCGGCGUUCGAUUCUUGACGCAGACGAUACAUUGUAGCAGUUCUCUACGCGUCGCGUACACACACAUUCGUAUUGUCAGGAAUUCCAUCCGGUCUGUAAAACAAACUGAACUACCGGCUUGUUGAUGUUAACUGCUACUUUGUUUUGGGGGCAAACCAGUCUCGGCUACUCUCCCUUUGUUUGGGGCCAGGACUUGGCUGAAUCCACCGGAGUUCCUUAUCAAACGUCUGACUCGACCACUAACACUAUUUCAGGAUGGCUCCACACAAGCAUGGUUCGAGUGGAAAUGGUUUUUAUGCCAACAGCAGCACGGGUAAAGCCGCUAAUGGAGGAGCGCACGUAUCGUCCGGUGUUGUGAUGACUUCAGUCAAGAGACCCAAGAUGGAGCAGAUUCAAGCCGACCACGAACUGUUCUUGCAGGCUUUCGAGAAACCAACUCAAAUAUACAGAUUCCUUCGGACAAGGAAUCUUAUAGCACCAAUCUUCCUGCAUAGAAGUCUCACAUACAUGUCCCACAGAAACUCCAGAACAAGUACAAAAAGAAAAAACUUUAACGUGAAUGAUCUGCUGUUUAAAGUAGAGAAGUCAGAAGUGGAUCAGGAAUCACACAAUGUGGCUUCAAACCUGCAGCUCACUUUCACUGGAUUCUUCCAUAAAACUGAAAAGCCAUUGCAAAACUCAGAGAAUGAAGAAAACUCAGUGUCUGUAGAAGUGCUACUCAUCAAGGUCUGCCACAAGAAGAGAAAGGAUGUGAGUUGCCCAGUGAAGGAAGUGCCUACAGGUAAAAAGCAGGUGUCUCUAAAUCCAGCCAGCAGUCAGACCAAGCAGGGUGCUUUUCCCACACUGGUAGUGCCCAGCCAUGAGUUUGAACCCAGUAACAGCCACAUGGUGAAGUCCUACUCCCUUCUGUUCAGAGUGUCUCGUCCAGGGGGGAGAGAGCUCAAUGGUGUGACCAAAAGAGGUACCAAUGUUAUUGAAGAGAUGUCCAACAGAAAGAAGAGAUUUUCUUCUCGUCCGGAUGAUGGAGAAACUACUUUUGUGGCACAGAUGACAGUUUUUGAUAAAAACAGACGUCUCCAGCUUUUGGAUGGUGAGUAUGAAGUCUCUAUGCAGGAGAUGGAGGAGAGUCCUGUAGGCAAGAAAAGAGCAACAUGGGAAACUAGUCUAGAUGGGAAGUGGUUACCACUUUUCGAGACCUUUUCUCAGGGACCCACAUUACAGUUCACUUUACGAUGGACCAAUGACACCGCAGACAGAGGAACGGCACCAGUAGCCAAACCACUUGCCACACGCAACUCUGAAUCCAGCACAGUGGAAAGCAGCAAGCCAAGCAAUGUUAAGCCUCCACAGGCAGUUGCUGUUAAUGAUUCAGUUGGCAUUGAUCAGCCAGUAAGAAGAGAACAAACUCAUGUUGAACCUCGUCAGAAACUACUUGUCUACUAUCAGUUCUUGUAUAACAAUAACACGCGGCAGCAGACAGAGGCGAGAGAUGACCUGCACUGUCCCUGGUGCACGCUGAACUGCCGUAAGCUCUACAGCCUCCUUAAGCACCUCAAACUCUCGCACAGCCGCUUCAUCUUCAACUACGUGCCUCACCCUAAAGGAGCCAGGAUAGAUGUGUCAAUUAAUGAAUGCUAUGACGGCUCUUAUGUGGGGAACCCUCAGGACAUCCAUUGCCAGCCUGGCUUUGUCUUCAGCCGUAACGGACCAGUGAAGAGGACUGCAGUCACACAUUACCUUGUCUGCAGGCCCAAGCGCUCAAAACCCAGCCUCUCUGAGUUCCUGGAGCCAGAGGAUGGAGAACAGGAGCAGCAGCGGACUUACAUCAGUGGCCACAACCGCCUGUAUUUCCACAGUGACAGCUGUGUGCCCCUCAGACCACAGGAAAUGGAAGUGGACAGUGAAGAUGAGAGGGACCCAGAUUGGCUUAGGGAGAAGACUGCUAUGCAAAUCGAGGAGUUCAUGGAUGUCAAUGAGGGAGAGAAAGAGGUGAUGAAACUGUGGAACCUGUAUGUAAUGAAACAUGGAUUCAUAGCUGACAAUCAAAUGAAUCAGGCCUGCAUGUUUUUUGUGGAGCAGCACAGCACCAUCAUCGUCGAGAAGAAUCUGUGCCGAAACGUUCUGCUCCAUUUGGUUAGCAUGCACGAUUUUGGUUUAGUGACAACUCUGACCAUAGACAAGGCCAUGGCUCAUCUGAGAGAUCUGAAACUACAAAAAGAUGGCCAGGAGCAACCCAAAACUCAAGGCCGUGCCAGCAGUGAUCCUGCCACUAAUGGUAGUUCCAGCAGGGAAGGGGAAGUCAGUGUAUCAAAUCCAGAUAAGAUUGAUCCAUCUCAGACUUUGCAUUGAAUCUGGUGUCUGGGCAUUAGACACCACCACAUUCUGCAUAGGCACUGGGUUAAAAGUAAAAAGAGUUAGGAAAGAGUUGUGUGGUUUAAUGGGAGCCAUGAUCAUUAUCUGCAGAUUGUAAUUUUGGCUUGACAUCAUCAGAGUGACAAAAAGCAAUUACUUGAAGAUGCCAGUAGUCUGCAUUGGCAAGUAAUCUCUAAAAUCGCUGUUUUUUUCUGUACCCACACAACCUUAUAGCUCUAGUAAUUUUUUAGCACUUGUUUUAGGUGCCUAAUUUUAAAAGAACUAUGAAAAGAUUUCUUUUAAUAUAUUUAGAAAAUUAAGGAUUGAAAAUUGAUGGCUCCUACAAGCUUGCUUUUAUUGUAUUUUCACAGGGGCUGAAAACUUGAAACUUUUAGUUUUGCCUGUGUAUAGAUUUUUUUUUGUGGACAGUUUUUCAGCAUUACAUUGACACUGUGGUUUGUGCGAACCCCUACAUACAAAGUGUUUUUCCCCCUCUGCAAUUCUUCUGGACCAAAGUUUUGAUGGUCUGUUUGUGGCUAAAGUGAAAUUAAACAUAUCAAGUUUGCACCACACUUGAAGGCUUCACAUGACUGUAUCCUUGGAAGCUCAGAUCAAGGAAUUAACUAUCAGGAUCGUGGGUGCUGCAAUCGACAUUGACACCGCAGUGUUUAUACAUUUUGUCAGAGCCUUAACAAUUCCACUGACCUUGCAACACAUACAUACAGGUACAGGGUACUAAAAACAAAGCAGGGCGUUAUGCCUUGCAUAAAUGUUUACACAUGCCUUACUCAUGGAAACAUGGACUUUAAACGCAGGGUUGGAACUUCUGGUGUACUUUUUGGAUUCAUAGCUUGUUGUGCAGAUUUAGAUAAGCAGUUUUCAUUCAUUCAUGUUUGUGUAAUUUAACAAACACUGUACUGCACACCACACUGUAUCCAGUGUAUUCCAGAUACAUUUAGUUUAUCACCACACAUGUACUCUGCAUAGUUCUUAUCCUCAAGUUCACCUUGGUUCCAGUUGUCUUUUAUGGUGCCUAUUUAUUUUAUUUUUUGAAAAUGAUUUCAGGUGUUUCUGAGCAAACCUGUUGUAAUGUGUACAUAAGUUUAGUAAUAUGAUAUGAAAGGUGAUUAUAUUCCUGAGGGAAGAUAAUUUUAGACCAAAGUGAAAUGGCUAUAAAGUUUCUCUUGUUUCUUUUGAAGAUUUCCUCUCAAAAGUGGAUGUCCUUAGAGUUUUUAUUAUGUUGUUGUAUGCAUCUGUUUUUAAAAGAAGGGAGUGUUUAUACAUAUUUGACUGCUUUACUUGCUAAAACUGUGCACUGGUUAAAGAAUGAAAAUCAUUUUUGGUAGAUAUUGGAGAUCAAUUACUUCAGCUGAAAAGAUUGCACAAUUGCAUAGUGCUCACAAUUCUUGUGUACAGUUAGAAACACGCAUCAAUUAUGCAAGAUGGUUUGCUGAUAUAAAUUGAUGUAAAAAAAAAAAACAUGAAGAUUAUGAAACAAGAUUGUUGAGUCUGAAAUAUGCUAUGAUUGAGGUUGUUCUCUAUUUAAAAUAAAGCUUUUUCUGUUAUUACCA